AUGAGCUAAGGCUAGAAACAAUAAUAACGAACAUAAAAUGGAAUCGAAGAGCAAAAGGAAGAUUAACGCCCUAUGAACUAAGUAAGUUAAUUUAAGAGAGGGAACUAGAACCCAAUGUUAAAUUUUAGAGAUAUGAAUGAGUAAAUCUAAAUCGGUUAUAAUAAUCAAGAAAAUAGAUUGAUUAAAAAUCAGCCAUCAUUAGUUUAAUAACAACCUAAUCCUUAAUAACCUGUUCAAAAUCAAUAAUAGUUAGAAAAUGCUCUAGAUUAAAGCUAAAAAUAAACUCAAAUAAACAAAAAUUUAAGCCAGAAUAAUGUAAAUAAUCCAAGCUAAGUAUCUUAGAAUGUUAAUAAUAUUUUAAGUAAAGCUUCUGAUAAUUAGCAGCUACCUUAAUUCUAUGGCAAAAUAAAAAAGAAGAGUAGAAUCUUGAAAAUGUUCAAAGAUAUAUUCAUUUUUAUUCAUAAUGGGUACAUGGGAUAUGUAAAAAGUAAGGACGGUUAAGAUAAAAAGUUUGAAUAGAAACACUAAGCAAAAAAUAAAAGAAAUAAUGACAGUUUUAAUGUAACUUGGAAAUAGUUCAAGCAAGAUUUUUCUAAAUCUAUUCUUAAAUUUGUUAAAAUUGAAGACCUGAAAAUAGAAGACUCUUAGAAUUCUAAAUAGAAUUAAUACUUCUUUGAAAUUUACUUUCCAACUUCUAAGCUAGUAAAAGAGUCAAAAAACAUAGAACUGAUGAAUUUUCAUUAGCUAGAAUCAGAAUAUGUUUCUGAAUAACAAGGAUAAGUUUAAAAUAAUGAAAAUUUGAAAAAAGACUCUCCUAAUACUACAAUUUGGUAUUUUCAAGCAAACUCUAUCAAUUAAUUAAAUGAAAUAAAAAGAUGUAUAAAUGAAACAAAAAAUCCUCCUAAUUAAUAGCAAAAUAAAGAGGCAGAGAAAAAGGUUAGGGACCUUGAAAAAGAAUAAAGAGAAAAGCUUGAACAAUAUAAAAAAAAUCAAGAAGAAGGAUUGAAGAUUCUUCAAGAGGAAAGAAAAAAAAUGGAAGAAAAUGAAAGACUAAAAAAGGAAUAGGAGGAAAAAGAAAUAGAGGAGCUUGAAAGAAAAAAGAAAGAAUAGUUACAAAUACAAAGGGAAGUUGAAGAAUAAAAUUUGAAAAAAAAAUUAGAAAAUAUGAAAAUUGGAGAAAAGCUAAAGACUGCAUGGAAUUAUUAAUGGAUGAGAUCGAUUGAAGAAAACAUUCACCAAACUCAUUAAAUAGCUAAAAUAUAUUAGAAAUCUUAGUACAUGAUACACUCUUAAUUUGCUUUUAUUGAAACUUGCUAAAAUUAUCUAAAAGAAAUUAUUUUCAAUAGAGCUCUGAGAGAGGAUUUGUAAACAAUAAUCUCUAUAAAUUAGAAUAUUGUUAAGACUAUCGAUCCUUAGUUAUCAUAAUUCACUUCAUAAAAAGACUCUUUUGUAAAAUGCUAUCAUUUGUAAAAUAUUUUGUUCAAAGUAGUUUUUUACAAUGGAUCACAUUAAAUGCAACUAAUUGAUUUUGUUGUAAAUUAGUUUAAACAAGAAUUUAAACUAUACAAUCAACUUACUGAUGAUAUUUUUGAAAUAUUGGCUUAUGAUAACUACUAUCAGUUAAGGACACCUUAGUGCUGUUUGAUAGAAUUUGCUGGGUGUAUUUCUUUGUGUGUCGCCUUAGAAAAUGUGGAUAUUAAGUUACUAUCAAAAUCUGAAAAAAUAGUCACAUUGCAAUAUGAUGAAAAGAUAAAGCUAAGAUAAGAAUUGAAUCCUAUUUAUAAAUAGAAUUCAAGUAAGGAAACAGAAUUAUAAAAUAAAAAAUAAUAAGAUGAUAAAAAUUAAAACAAAUAAGAAAAAAAAGAGGAAGAAGAUCCAGAAGAAAAAAAAUAUGAAGAAAUAUUAAAAUAAAUGAUAAAAGAAGAGUAUAAUAUAACUUUAUCAGACUAGAAUAAUCUAAAGGUUUUAGGUUCUGAGAAUGAAAGUGAUUUUAAAGAAGAAAAUAAUAAAAUUGAAGUCUCCUCAAUUUUAAAAACAUUGAUAAAUCAUUAAAGAUCAAAUAACAAAUAGUAUAUUAUAGAUUUAGAGUUAAGUAAUUACUUACUCUAUUUGCUUGAUGACAAUUUGUAUGAAAGUUUUUCUAAAUUUAAUGAAUUAAUAGGUUAAGUUAGUAUUUAUCCUAAGCACACAAAAACUGUUAUAAUUUAUUUUAAGCUGUCUUUAAAUACACAAAUUAAAAGCAUUUAGCAUAUAGUUCCAGAAAAAAAAGAUUUUGAGAACACUUUCUCUUUUAAUAUAAAUAACGCACAGAGUUCAAGCUCAACCGUAAUGCAAAAAUUAAGUGAUAUCAAAUCUCAGAAAAGCAAUUAGUCCAACACAAAUACAUAAAUACAGCUACCUUUUCAAUAUGAUAUUAGUUAGAGUCAAAACUUAGAAAAAGCUUAAAAAGAUUUAGCUUUGAAGUACUUCUUGAACGAUAUGUUAAAUUUAAAACUUUCAAUAUUAGAGCCGGCAUAAUUUCGACAGUAUUUAAAAAAAUAUGGAAUAAAAUGCAGCGAAUUAUUCGAAUUAAUUCCAUAUUUAAAAUAUUUUUAAUUAGGACUAUAGCAUAUUUAUGUUUAAAUAUUAAGUAGAAUAAUUAAAAAAUAGUUUAGGUACUAUAUUUAUUUUAAAAUCUAAGAGUUUUAAUCUUCAAUGAAUUCGUUAGAGAGUCAAAUUUAGGAUUAAAAAGUUAAAAUUGAUAUAAUUAAUUAGGAAAUAAACAAGUUAUAAAUUUAAGAUAAAGAAAUGGAGUAAGAUAUACAAAAAUUAAAUAACUAAUUAGAAUAAAGCAAAAGUAAUUGGUAAGGUGAGGAUAGCAGUUUUUUGAUAUAAAUUCAAUAAAUUAGCUUAAGUUAAUAAUCAAUAAAAUAAUAAAUUAAUGAUUUAAAUAAAAAUCUUUAUAAUGAAAUAAAUUAUUUUAACUCCCUUCUCUCUGGAGAUCCUAGUGAAGAUUAAACUUAGUAUUUUUUAUAAAAUAAUUCAUAAUAUUAGGAUUCUUCUCCUUAAAUUAACAAAAAAUUGACUCUGAGAAAUAAAUCUGAAUCUCUUUAUUCUAAAACUUUUUCUCUAAAAGAUUUAGAUAAAAAAAAUUAUAAGAAGAUUAAAACUAAAUUUGAUAUCUACCUGAUCGAAAAUAUCAGAUAGUUUAUUAAAUAAGUUUACUUUGAUUAUAAUUUAUAAAACUCUAAAUUAUCUUACUGGUAAAGCAAUAUAGAUCCUGUGCUUUAAGAAAGAGGAAUUGAAAUUCAAAAAUAAAUUAUCCCAAAUGGGUUGUUUUUUUAAGAAAUUUGUAAAUAAAUUGGUGUAGAAAGUAAACCUUCUGAAAAAAUAAAUUUAUUUGACUUCGCUGGCAGCACAAGCAUAAUAAUUGUAAAGCCGUUUGUAAAAAUUAAAUAAUAUGUAAAUAAGUAAUCUACUAUCUAUUAACUUGAAGAAGACUUCGAUAAGAAUUUGUCUUCUCAUUUAUUCAUGGUGACACAGUCAACAAUAGACCUAAAAUUUUAAAUAUCGUAAACUUACAGUAAUGUUAUAAAUGAGUAUAAAAUCAACUCUUAAAAAGAUAAUGAUCCAUCAGCUUUAAUUGAAAAAAGUGAGGAUGUUUUGUAAUCAAAAAGUGCAAUUCCUUAACACCAUUCAUAAGAAUAAUAAAAUAAAAUCCUUUUAGGUAUGUAACAAAACAUUUUAUAUUGCUAACUUAAGUAACUGUAUGAAGAAAAUCAAUAUAGCUAGAUUAUACAAUACCAAGCUGAAAUAAAUUAGAAAUUUUAUCCUCUCUAAAUAGAAAAAUGCAAAAUAUUAAUGUUAUUAUUUUCGAUAUAUGUUAAAAUUGGAAACAUUUAAAAAGCUGAAGAAAUCUUUUAAUAAAUCAUGCUUAAUAUUGAUUAUAAUUAUGGAAAGGAUAGUAUUUAGCUUAUUUAAUCAAUUGAAGAGUUGAGUAAUUUUUACAUUAAAAAAAAAUAAUUUUCCUAAGGUUUAGAUUACUAUUUUUAAAUUGAAAAUAUAUUGACAAACCAAGUAGGAUAUAAUCAUCCAAAAGCUGCAUUUUGCUCAUCAAUGAUAGCUGAAAUAUUUUUGAAAAUUGGUGACUCGGUAAAAUCUAUUUAAUAUUAUGAAAAAAGUUUGGAUUAAUAUAUAGACUUUGAAUAAACGUACUUUUAUUCCAUAAUUGAUGUCUUACUUAAAUUGAGUGAGCUAUACUAUGAGAAAUUUGAUUUUAUGAGAUCUGAGGAUAAAUCCUAAAAAGCACUCUAGCUAUAUUACAUAUAUAAAAAGAAUUAAAAUAUUUAAGAUCAAUAAUCAUUAGAUUAUGCUUUUUUGAAGCUUCUUAAUGUUUCAAUGAAAUUGAUGCUCUAAACAAAAAAUUUUGAUUAAAAAAAAAUAAUGCUAUACACUUAAGAUUUUUGGUUAAUUUGUCUUUAAGUAGAUAUCUAGAGCUACCCUGAACUAGUAGGAGAAAGUUUUAUGUUAUGCUUAAUAUUAAACUUGAUAGAAGCUGAUUAUAAAGAGAGGUAUUAUUUUGUUGAAUUGAUCAACCAAAUCAAUUUAUACAAGAAUACCAUCGAAAUAUUAGAGGAUAGUAAUGAGAAUAAGCAGCAAGCAGAGUUUGAAAGAAUAAAUGUUUAUUUUUAACAAUUUUAUUAAGAAAUAAAAUCUAACCCGCUCAUUUGCUAACUAAUAUCCACAAUACUAAGAGUUUAUUAUAGAGAGAUAAGCUAAAUAAGGCCUCAUUUUGACAUAAAAUGUUAUCUUUAAAACUCUAAUAACUUUGAAUACAUUAGCAAAUAUCCCUAAAUGCUUAAUAAAGUAAUAUAAUUUGCAGAAAUAUUCGCAAGUGUUAUUGGCUUUGGCUAAUGUAAAUUAUUUGUAUCUUUCGACUAUGAUUUCUAAAAAUUUAUGUGA